AUGGCUAGCAAAAUCCUUCACGUCCUUGCUUCGGAUGAGAAUACGCCGCUGCUUAUCGCCGAACCAGCGCUCACUCCUGGACCGGAAGCUGAGAUCCAGACCGCCAACAACGGAUUGAACGGUCAAAAGUCUCACGUGAAUGAUGAAGGGGAAGAUGAUGGGGAGGAUGAGGAUAAACCUUUACCGAAGUUACAGAUUGCGUUGUUGUGUUUUGCGAGGCUGAUUGAGCCGAUGGCGUUUUUUGGAAUCUUUCCGUUCGUGAACAAGAUGAUCCAGGAAACUGGUGGUUUGAAGGAGGAGGAUGUGGGGUUCUAUUCGGGGUUGAUUGAAUCCCUAUUCUCACUCACUCAGAUGCUUUUGAUGAUUCAAUGGGGCAGAGCUGCAGAUCGGAUAGGAAGGAAACCAGUGCUAAUUUUCUCUUUGGUUGGAGUUGCUAUUGGCACGGCUCUGUUCGGGUUGAGCAAGAGAAUAUGGCAAAUGAUAUUCUUCCGCUGUUUCGCUGGCGUUUUUGCAGGUACUCUUGUAACUGUAAGGACGAUGCUUACCGAGAAUAGCACGCCCAAAACCCAGGCGAGAGUAUUCAGCUUUUUUGCCUUCAGUGGAAACCUUGGGAUUUUUCUUGGACCUUUAAUAGGCGGUAUCCUACAGGAUCCAGCCGGGCAGUACGGGGGAAUUUUCAAACGUAUAUGGUUCUUCAAGGAAUUCCCAUAUGCACUUCCCACCUUUGCCAAUGGGUCCAUAGCGAUAGUAGCUGUUGUACUUCUUGUGUUUCUCCUCAAGGAGACUUUGAAACGAGAAAAUAAAGACGAGGCUGCUGGAGCUCCCCCACCAAUGACCACCUGGGAGAUUAUCAAGUCGCCUGGGGUAGCUGUCGUUCUAUUUCUAUACGGACACGUUAUGCUUCUUGGUAUCGCGUUCACAGCAAUCACGCCACUAUGGUGGUACACCAGCGUUGAGAAUGGUGGCUGCGGUUUUACGCCAAUCCAGAUCUCAGCAUUCAUCAGCAUAGUCGGGAUUGCUCAAGCGACAUGGCUGCUAGCAAUCUUUCCGCCACUUCAAAACAAGUUCGGCACAGGUGCUAUCCUCCGCGGAAGUCUUUACGCUUGGCCGUUCUUCUUUAUGGUGUGUCCAUUUUGCAACUGGUUGCUUAGAAAAGAAUGGAGAACUGCUUUCUGGAUCGUUGCUCUUACCUCGCAAAUAUGCGGUAGCGGUGUCGCGAUGGCUUUUACUGGUGUCCAACUUGCGCUUAACGACAUUUCACCCUCUGCUCAAACACUAGGAACACUGAACGCUGUUGCUUUGACUCUAGUCUCUGGCAUACGCGCUAUAACACCCACAUUAUUUACAAGCAUUUUUGCUAUUGGCGCGCGCACACAGAUACUUGAUGGCUACCUCGUUUGGGUGAUUCUCAUUGGAACCGCACUCUUGGGAAGUAUCACCGUGAGAUAUUUGCCUGAGAAGGCCGAAGGGAUAUUGAAGAAAAGUACCCGUGUCGCAGAUGAGAGCUAA